UGCACUGUUGUUUGGUCUGAACUGCUUUGCACUUGGAGAUUCAAGUUUUCUACAAGAUGGCAAACCCACAGCUCUAUCUGAGGUUCAUGUGGUUGGCUCUGUUGUUCACAAUGCUGGCUUUUCAAGAUGUAUCCAGUGACCACUCGACAUUGCACAAGAUCUUAAAAAGAAGUGAUGGAUCUGACAGUAGCCAUCCUGCAGCCUCCCAGUCCGUCGUGAUGGCUCCGUCCAGGGCUCAGGAGUUUCUGUUGAAGCUGCGGCGCCCCAAGAGGCAGGUUUGGGACCGCAGUCGAGCAGACGUGCAGCAGUGGAUUCAACAGUUCAUGUACAUGGGCUUUGAUGAGCAGAGGCUGGAGGCAGACCUGUCCUAUUGGAUGGACCACGCUCGCUCACAUGACCAGGGGCGGCAGCACCAUUAUGAUGAGAACUCCCCUGUGGGCCCUCGUGACCACACCUCCUACAGACACGGGGCCAAUGUGAACUAUGACUACUACUGA